AUGAAUCAGCGCCUUAACCUCGUUGGUGCCACGCUCCUGGUCGGCCGUGCUCUCUCGCAGCUGUCAUCCCCAGCCCCGACCCUAGUAUCCACCUAUACACCGGCGUCCACCAGUAGCGACUCCGGAUGGGGCUGGGACGACUGGGGUGAUUGGGCCAGCACGGCGACCUGGUGGCCUUGGGACUGGCCCGACUGGAUCCCAGGUGCUAGUGACCAAACCUCUAGUGCGACGGAGGCUUCUACUACAUCUAGCACGCUUGGAGCAGGUUUCACGCUGACAGGCGUCUUGGGAGAAACAGCGACUAGCUCCGAGAUUGACGAGCCGACAACAUUCCCGACCCCGGACGUGCCCAUUCCUGGAAUUCCCUUCUCCACGCCUUCCGGCUUGUAUUCUGCGGCGGGCUCUUGGGAAGCCGCGGGGGCUACGGGGCUUUCUGGUAAUCCCGCAUUUGGCCCCGCUUCGGAUUCUUCAAGCUUUCCCGGUUUCACGGACACUCCUAGCCGCAGCUCUACAUUUUCUGAACCAUGGGUCCCUGGAACGACAGAGGACUCAUGGCCCUUCCCCUGGGACACAUCCUUCAGCAUACCCUCGCCUUCCAGCCUUGGCAUACCAGACUCUUCAAAUGUCCCCGACUCGUCCUUUACCGAAGUGCCGUUCCCCAGUGUUUCCGACAUCCCCUUAGCGGGCUCGGACGCUGUUUCGAGCACCCUGCUGCCCUCAUUCACCCAGGCCCCAAUUCCCAGCUUCCCCGACAUUUCCUCAGAGGAGGCUUUGGUCUCAACCUCGGAUGAUGUUCUUUGGAUAACAACAAUCACUGUAACAGUCGCCGCCUCGGAAUCUCCUUGGUUCCCUGACAGUCCGGCGGAGCCGUCUUUCACGGAAUUGCCGGAGCCCAGCUUUUCGUUUCCCCCGCCGCCGGUCUGGAGUACGGACGCCUGGUCGGAUGAGGUUGGGACUACGGGCUGGCCCGUUGAUGUGUCGACAUACAAGGCCGCGAGUGCAUCAACAACGGGCACGGCCUCUACCUCGGACGUCAGCGUCAUCCCCGGCCCAGCUUCUCUCCCAGGGUUGUCCUCUAGCUCUGUAAAGGCUCCUUGCCCUUGGGUGACAUGGAGCCCUGCAUCAGAUACGAGCUCUCUCCCUCUUUCCUCCCUAACGGAAGUUCCCUUCUUCUCCGAUGUCCCCGAGGCGUCCGGGGUCCCUGACUGGCCGUCUCCAGACUGGCCUCCGGAAGAAUCCCCUUCGGACUGGUUCCCGGACACUCCCGAUUUCACCAGCAGCGAGGCACCAAACUGGUCUAGUAAAUUAGCCACUAUCCUUCCGAUCUCGGAUGAAUUCUCUCCCGCCGAGACUGAAGUGCCGUCAAGCUUGACCCUCUCGAGCGACUUCCCACGAGUCUCUCAUGACCCCAGCUUCUCCACUGCCGUGUCGCGGACGGACUUCCCAAUGAAGCGACGACGGGCAUCCGCACCGGCUGCGACUGAGGCCUCGAGCCACUCGGGACCUCGCCACCUGGCCAGAUGUGAAUGUGGUCAGAUGUACUUCGGCUCCUCUUGCUCGGACUCACUCGUCGAGUUCCACGUCUCAGGCGCCCGGAUGUGCAGGAAUCGCGGCUCCCGCAUGAGACCCAGCCAAGCCAUGUUCAGCUGCGAAUGUGAUGAGCAGACGGGCGAGCAGUCGCUGGAGUUGAUGAGCAUGGCAAGUUAUUACCCCACUCGGGAUGAGAGUAAUGAUUACCUCAUGUCUUAUGAUGAAGAUGAGGGUGAGAACGAUGAUGAUUAUCAAGAUGAGCUUGGUUGGGAUGAUUGGGAAGAGUGGGCGAUGAGGUGGGCGACCCAUCACUGA